CUGUGCUCAUGCGAUUGCAAAAUUGAAUGAGUGCGUCCCGUCCAUCAGUCUCUUUAAUUGGCCUAUAUGGUCCUCCAUCCAUCUAAACGCAAUCACACUCAUCUCAUGCACCUACAGUCAGUAAGGUAAGAAAAAAACACACUCAUCGGCUUUGGCAAAAGAAGAAAAAGUUAUCCAUUCCACUUCGUGAAUGAAUGCUCUCAGCCCAUUCAUUCAACCCAUCACAGUCAGCCCCCCUUCAGCAUACACACACACACACACACAUCUGUCCCUCACCCCACCACCGUCCCUCUGUUGAUAACGUCAUUCUCGAGGCUGAAGUUCCGCAGCACGGCACGCCAGCAGGGCAUCGAUGUGGGGAAGCGGACGUCGAACGAUUGAGGCCGAUCGCCAACAGACCGCUCGGUCGUCCACAGAGUGAUGUCGUUGGCGUCGCCGGCUGUCACCUGCAGAUAGGCAGCGACGGUCUCGUUGGGCUGGAAGCCGCUCACAAUAACAAAACGAUGGUCGUCAGGGUUGGCAUGAUUCAGGUUGCCCGCGUCGUCGUCCCGGGAGUCCACAGCGACGCCCUGCUGCUCGGUGAUGGCCUCAGUCAGCAGACGGCGAUAGCGGGGAUCAUUGUGGUUGAUGGGAGCCUGCAGCACCAGCCUCUCGCCCACCCCCUCCUCCUGGCACCACGACACGAGCAGCGUGUCUAGGAGAAACGAUGAGGAGGAGGGGUAGAGACAGUUUCCCUGUCGGAUGACGGGAUCGGUCGUCUGGUAGCCGGUAGCGUAGUCAUUGCCGUGAGGCAGGUCACUCAGCUGCACCACACCGAACGACACGUUGCCGAUCCGAUAAGCACCGUUGCCGGCUUGCUGCAGCGCCAGGCUCUGUCCCUGGGAGGUGAGCAUGUGGCCGAAUAGGCGGUAGAUGGCCAUGGCUAAGGGCAGCUGAUGGAAGGCCGUCUUGUUGGGGAGGUUGGCCAUCAGCCACUGAGCCGACAGCACCAGCGGCAGCCCAGUGGCCGGCGUCAUUCGAUAGAUGGCGGCGAGGCGGAUGAAGACCACACCGACCCGACGCCACUCCUGGCUGCUGCCCUGCUCCAGCACAUAGGCCACUCGCAGCACAUACGUCAAUGAGAGGGGGGCCGUGCGGUCGAUGUCGAUGAGGCCGGUAAGUAUGAGGCGGGCGAGGGACGCGUCGAUGCGCUCCACCAGCACACCAGCCGUCACCAGAGCCGACUUCGCCCGGCAGGUGGCUCGCACACAGACGAGCUCAUGGACGAGGAGGGAGGGGAGAAUGCGCCUGCGCCACACCUCAUCGGGCGCCGAAUCAGACAUCGCCACUCAUCAAUCAGCACAUGGCACC